CUCGCACGGAGGCGGGGUUAGCAGUACUACGCAUUUCCUGUUCCGGGUGUCUAUGGAGUCCACGUGAAGAAGGAGAAACGCGUGAGAGGAGUUUAGCCCUACAUGGGGGAGUUUAAGGUUCACCGUGUCCGGUUCUUCAACUAUGUCCCAUCUGGCGUGCGCUGUAUGGCCUAUGCAGAGGAGAAAAACAAGCUCGCCCUGGCUCGAAAUGAUGGUUCUGUGGAAGUUUUCAAUUUUUCCUCUUUUUACUACCAGGAGAAGACGAUUCCUGGUGAUGCGAGUAGAUCCAUAGAGUCAAUAUGUUGGGCAGCUGGCAAUAGACUUUUCACUGCUGGUCUCAAUGGAGAGAUUACUGAGUAUGACCUUGAGAAACUUUGUGUUAAACAUACACUGGAUGCAUAUGGUGGUCCCAUAUGGAAUAUUGCUGCUAAUGCCAGCAGUACACACCUUGCGGUGAGCUGCGAGGAUGGCUCUGUUAAGUUGUUCAGCAUUACAUCUGACCAUAUUAAGUUUGAAAGGAACUUGGACCGCCAGAAAGGUCGUUUACUCUGUCUUGCUUGGCACCCCCUUGGUACUCACAUUGUUACAGGCUCUGUCAACAAGAUUCAAGUUUUUAAUGCCUCAACUGGUCAUCUACAGCAUGUCCUUAAGCUUGACAGCCGACCAUUAGCUGGACGCAAACGUGAAUGUGUGGUGUGGAGUGUGGCAGUAUUAUCCAGUGGAGAUAUUAUCAGUGUGGAUUCUUCAGGGAAACUCCAGUUCUGGGAUUUAGAGAAAGGGACACUGAUUCACACACAUUCAGUGGCCAACUGUGACAUCCUAUCACUUGCGGUGUCAAAGGCAGAAGACAGCCUGGUGGUGGGCACAGCCGAAGGUGUCCUGUUCCAAUAUCAGCAUAUAGCGUUGAAGGCAGGUGAAUCUGAGAGACAGUGGGUGCGCACCAAACCAUUCCGCUAUCAUACACAUGAUGUGAGAGCAGUGGCACACAGCAGCACAGCCAUCAUAUCCGGAGGUGUAGAUGGUCAUCUUGUUAUCCGUUCCCUUAUGGAGAAGAUAGAAGUAAAAUCGUAUGAAGCUGCAUUGAGAAAAAUCACAUUCCCUCAUUAUCCCCUGGUAUCCUGUGCACAAAAAGCUGGACGAUUACUGUUCCAGUUCCCAGAACAUCUGGAGCUCUGGCAGCUAGGAAACACAGACAUUUCAGGAAAAGAUGGGGAUGUCCUCCCUUUGAAACAGACACAAGAACUUCUUCUGAAGCUUAAAAGAAAGGGUUCUGAAAGUAUCCGUUGUAGUUCUGUGUCUCACUGUGGGUCCUGGAUUUGCUACGUCACCUCCUCACAGCUUUACUUGCAUCAGCUGAAAUGUGAAAAGGAAAGUCUGAGCCUAAGCCGGGUACACAAACUCCCUCAACUCCCCUCUGCAGCCUUAAAACUGUUGUUCAGCCCAGACUCCAAGAGACUGUAUGUUGGAUCAGAAGGAGGAUGCGUGCAUGUUCUGGAGCUUUUAGACGGCACUUGCAAACUUGGCCCAACUCUGAAGCCACCUUCUGAAUCGGCAAACUGUUCUUCAAGUUCUGUACAUCUCAUGGCUGCAAGUAUGAAUGGAAGCUUCUUGGCAGUGGCUACCCCCAGCUCUCAGAUUGAUAUCUACAACAUAAAGUUAAUGAAGUACGAGUGUUCUGUUCCUCGGUACAACUAUCCUCCUAGUGCAAUUAGUAUCCACCCAACGACAGAGAAUCUUGUGAUUGCUUAUGCAGACCAGCAGCUGAUGGAGUUCAAUAUUACCCAACGCCAGUACACAGAGUGGGGCCGCAGAGUCCUCAAGAAUGGGCUUCAUCGUGAUUGGCUUGAACGAGACACCCCUAUUCUUGCCAUUUGUUUUAAUCCAUCAAGGCCUGAGGAUAUACUGAUGCAUGACAACUACAUGUUCUGUGUCUUGGACAAGUCACUGCCACUUCCGGAUGACAAAACACCACUUGUCAACCAGAUCACGCUAAAACAUCUUUCUGAGCGUGAACAAAAGAGCCAAGCACAUGCUUUUAAGAUUACAAAGAAGUUUCAGCCACUUAUGUUUAUGGACUUGCUCAGUAAUGGAGAUCUGGUGCUGGUAGAGAGGCCAUUCAGUGACAUUGUAGCUAAUCUGCCGCCUCCAAUGAAACAGAAGAAAUUUGGAACUUAAACAUGUACACCGUUUUCCAAACCCCUUUCACCUCAGUAAGACUAUGCAAAAGUUUUGCUCAGCCAAUUUUACCUCCAUGUUGGAGUUGUAUUCUUACAUCUACCCCUCCCCAAUUCCACCAAAGGAAUUGCACUGUCAGAAGAAAAUAUUCUUGUCCUUUUGACAGGACAAGAAAAACAAUAAUGAGAUGGAGACAUAACCUAAUAAGACUCAAAGCCAACACAGCUACAGUGCAUCCAGAGCCUUAAACAUGGUUUAUAGGACCUUGUGGAAAAACUGUUUUUUUGUGUUCUGUACUGUUUCAGCAGUGUCCGUAAUUAUCUCAUUUAUAUUGAUUUAACUCCAGCCAUCAGUACAUAUUUUACUGCUUCCUCUUCUUUAAAAUAUGAUACUUAUACAGGUAUGUGAAUAACCACAUAUUGAUUAUAAUAGAGAUGGUGGCCUGAAAUUUGUUUCAAAGGGGAGACCGAAUCCUAACAUUUCCUAACCCACCUAAUUUUUGUUUUUAUUAAGAUGGUGAGUUGAGACAUUAGGACAAAAGGCAAAAUAUACUAUUUUGCCUUUGAGACAAAAUUAAAUGCAAAAUGACUAUUUGUACAAGAACAAACAUUGUAUUGUUAAAGCCCUAGUGUGUAUUGCAGUGCAUUAACAUGACAAAUUAUACUUGAUUAGCUCCAUUGCUAAACAGCUCAAAAAGGAGGGAAAAUGACUCAAUUACAAAAUUAAAAGUGGUGAUAUUUAUAAAA